AUGUACUGCCAAAAGUGCCGCCAGCCCUUGAGGCUGGACGGGUCUCUGGAGGAUCUGAACCCAGCUGCAUACGAUCUGAUUGUCUCAUCAUCAACUCCCCAGACGUCGAGAAAAUCGCCGCAAAGUCGAUCGUCGGCCCUGCAAGCCCCGGAGCAAGCGCGGAAAGCCUUCUACGACAGCGUAUCGCAAAAAGCCGGCCCACCGACGUUUAAACGACACCAUGGACACCACCCGCGCGACUCUGCCAUGUCAUUCAUCUAUCUUACCGAGUCGCAGGUGGGCGGCCAUUCCCAGCCGCAAGCACAUACGCUCGAGCGACCGAGUCCCGCACCCAUGCGGCGCGCGAGCUCGAGCAAAGAGCCACGCCCAGAGCCACCCAAGAGUGACGAGAUGGACCGGAUAAACAGGCUGUUUGAAAUUCUGUCCGCAAGAUCCGACAUCGACCACCCCGUCUGCGUGGACUGCACCGAGUUACUCGUGGAAGGUUUCCAAAGGAAACUCGACGCUGCUUCCAAGGAAAGAGACGCAUACGUGAGAUACCUAAGUCAAGUGCAGUCGGAGCAGCCAAGCUCCGAAGAUAUCAAGUCACGACAAGAAGCGCUCAAGAAGGCAGAAAAAGACAAGGCGGGAGCUUUGGAAGAACUUAAAAAGCUGGAGAAGGAGAAGGAAGCACUCGACGAGGAGCUUGUGGCCCUCGAGGAAGAGUCUCGGCAGCUGGACAAAGACGAAGAGGCCUUUUGGAGGGAGAGAAACGCCUUCGCGACCACCAUGGCGGACUUUCAGGCGGAGAGAGACAGCGUCAACGCCAAGUACAGCAACGAUUCCCAGCUGCUCGACAAAUUGCAGAGGUCGAAUGUGUAUAACGACACAUUCUGCAUCAGCCAUGACGGCAGUUUCGCAACCAUCAAUGGUUUGCGGCUUGGGAGGUUGUCCAACAAGCCCGUCGACUGGCCCGAGAUCAACGCGGCGUGGGGCCAUGCCUUGCUGCUGCUCGUCACAGUUGCCGACAAGCUCGAGUACAAGUUUCAAGGCUACGAUCCCCAACCGAUGGGCAGCACCUCCAAGAUAGUACGGUACGAUGCAUCUAGCCCGUCGUCGAGCAGGCUCGGCUCUCGGGCAAUGCAACCGCCGCCGAAGAAGCACGUGCUGGAGCUGUACAGUUCAGGAGACAUGCCCCUGGGAUUGACUUUUAUGCACCGCAAAUUCGACAACGCAAUGGUCGCGUUUCUGGAACUUGUACGGCAACUGGGGUUGCACGUCCAGAGGAAGACAGAGCCGACCGGGAACAUGUUGACACUACCAUACAGGAUCGAGGGAGACAAGAUCGGAGACGUGAGCAUCAAGCUGGGCAUCGCACAGGACGAUGGCUGGACAAAGGCGUGCAAGCUCACGCUGACAUGCUGCAAGUUUCUCUUGGCUCACGCCAGUAACGUAGGCGCGAGCGCGAGGAACGCAGAGUGA